CAUCAUCAUCAUCAUCAUCAUCAUCAUCAUCAUCAUCAUCAUCAUCAUCAUCAUCAUCAUCAUCAUCAUCAUCAUCAUCAUCAUCAUCAUCAUCAUCAUCAUCAUCAUCAUCAUCAUCAUCAUCAUCAUCAUCAUCAUCAUCAUCAUCAUCAUCAUCAUCAUCAUCAUCAUCAUCAUCAUCAUCAUCAUCAUCAUCAUCAUCAUCAUCAUCAUCAUCAUCAUCAUCAUCAUCAUCAUCAUCAUCAUCAUCAUCAUCAUCAUCAUCAUCAUCAUCAUCAUCAUCAUCAUCAUCAUCAUCAUCAUCAUCAUCAUCAUCAUCAUCAUCAUCAUCAUCAUCAUCAUCAUCAUCAUCAUCAUCAUCAUCAUCAUCAUCAUCAUCAUCAUCAUCAUCAUCAUCAUCAUCAUCAUCAUCAUCAUCAUCAUCAUCAUCAUCAUCAUCAUCAUCAUCAUCAUCAUCAUCAUCAUCAUCAUCAUCAUCAUCAUCAUCAUCAUCAUCAUCAUCAUCAUCAUCAUCAUCAUCAUCAUCAUCAUCAUCAUCAUCAUCAUCAUCAUCAUCAUCAUCAUCAUCAUCAUCAUCAUCAUCAUCAUCAUCAUCAUCAUCAUCAUCAUCAUCAUCAUCAUCAUCAUCAUCAUCAUCAUCAUCAUCAUCAUCAUCAUCAUCAUCAUCAUCAUCAUCAUCAUCAUCAUCAUCAUCAUCAUCAUCAUCAUCAUCAUCAUCAUCAUCAUCAUCAUCAUCAUCAUCAUCAUCAUCAUCAUCAUCAUCAUCAUCAUCAUCAUCAUCAUCAUCAUCAUCAUCAUCAUCAUCAUCAUCAUCAUCAUCAUCAUCAUCAUCAUCAUCAUCAUCAUCAUCAUCAUCAUCAUCAUCAUCAUCAUCAUCAUCAUCAUCAUCAUCAUCAUCAUCAUCAUCAUCAUCAUCAUCAUCAUCAUCAUCAUCAUCAUCAUCAUCAUCAUCAUCAUCAUCAUCAUCAUCAUCAUCAUCAUCAUCAUCAUCAUCAUCAUCAUCAUCAUCAUCAUCAUCAUCAUCAUCAUCAUCAUCAUCAUCAUCAUCAUCAUCAUCAUCAUCAUCAUCAUCAUCAUCAUCAUCAUCAUCAUCAUCAUCAUCAUCAUCAUCAUCAUCAUCAUCAUCAUCAUCAUCAUCAUCAUCAUCAUCAUCAUCAUCAUCAUCAUCAUCAUCAUCAUCAUCAUCAUCAUCAUCAUCAUCAUCAUCAUCAUCAUCAUCAUCAUCAUCAUCAUCAUCAUCAUCAUCAUCAUCAUCAUCAUCAUCAUCAUCAUCAUCAUCAUCAUCAUCAUCAUCAUCAUCAUCAUCAUCAUCAUCAUCAUCAUCAUCAUCAUCAUCAUCAUCAUCAUCAUCAUCAUCAUCAUCAUCAUCAUCAUCAUCAUCAUCAUCAUCAUCAUCAUCAUCAUCAUCAUCAUCAUCAUCAUCAUCAUCAUCAUCAUCAUCAUCAUCAUCAUCAUCAUCAUCAUCAUCAUCAUCAUCAUCAUCAUCAUCAUCAUCAUCAUCAUCAUCAUCAUCAUCAUCAUCAUCAUCAUCAUCAUCAUCAUCAUCAUCAUCAUCAUCAUCAUCAUCAUCAUCAUCAUCAUCAUCAUCAUCAUCAUCAUCAUCAUCAUCAUCAUCAUCAUCAUCAUCAUCAUCAUCAUCAUCAUCAUCAUCAUCAUCAUCAUCAUCAUCAUCAUCAUCAUCAUCAUCAUCAUCAUCAUCAUCAUCAUCAUCAUCAUCAUCAUCAUCAUCAUCAUCAUCAUCAUCAUCAUCAUCAUCAUCAUCAUCAUCAUCAUCAUCAUCAUCAUCAUCAUCAUCAUCAUCAUCAUCAUCAUCAUCAUCAUCAUCAUCAUCAUCAUCAUCAUCAUCAUCAUCAUCAUCAUCAUCAUCAUCAUCAUCAUCAUCAUCAUCAUCAUCAUCAUCAUCAUCAUCAUCAUCAUCAUCAUCAUCAUCAUCAUCAUCAUCAUCAUCAUCAUCAUCAUCAUCAUCAUCAUCAUCAUCAUCAUCAUCAUCAUCAUCAUCAUCAUCAUCAUCAUCAUCAUCAUCAUCAUCAUCAUCAUCAUCAUCAUCAUCAUCAUCAUCAUCAUCAUCAUCAUCAUCAUCAUCAUCAUCAUCAUCAUCAUCAUCAUCAUCAUCAUCAUCAUCAUCAUCAUCAUCAUCAUCAUCAUCAUCAUCAUCAUCAUCAUCAUCAUCAUCAUCAUCAUCAUCAUCAUCAUCAUCAUCAUCAUCAUCAUCAUCAUCAUCAUCAUCAUCAUCAUCAUCAUCAUCAUCAUCAUCAUCAUCAUCAUCAUCAUCAUCAUCAUCAUCAUCAUCAUCAUCAUCAUCAUCAUCAUCAUCAUCAUCAUCAUCAUCAUCAUCAUCAUCAUCAUCAUCAUCAUCAUCAUCAUCAUCAUCAUCAUCAUCAUCAUCAUCAUCAUCAUCAUCAUCAUCAUCAUCAUCAUCAUCAUCAUCAUCAUCAUCAUCAUCAUCAUCAUCAUCAUCAUCAUCAUCAUCAUCAUCAUCAUCAUCAUCAUCAUCAUCAUCAUCAUCAUCAUCAUCAUCAUCAUCAUCAUCAUCAUCAUCAUCAUCAUCAUCAUCAUCAUCAUCAUCAUCAUCAUCAUCAUCAUCAUCAUCAUCAUCAUCAUCAUCAUCAUCAUCAUCAUCAUCAUCAUCAUCAUCAUCAUCAUCAUCAUCAUCAUCAUCAUCAUCAUCAUCAUCAUCAUCAUCAUCAUCAUCAUCAUCAUCAUCAUCAUCAUCAUCAUCAUCAUCAUCAUCAUCAUCAUCAUCAUCAUCAUCAUCAUCAUCAUCAUCAUCAUCAUCAUCAUCAUCAUCAUCAUCAUCAUCAUCAUCAUCAUCAUCAUCAUCAUCAUCAUCAUCAUCAUCAUCAUCAUCAUCAUCAUCAUCAUCAUCAUCAUCAUCAUCAUCAUCAUCAUCAUCAUCAUCAUCAUCAUCAUCAUCAUCAUCAUCAUCAUCAUCAUCAUCAUCAUCAUCAUCAUCAUCAUCAUCAUCAUCAUCAUCAUCAUCAUCAUCAUCAUCAUCAUCAUCAUCAUCAUCAUCAUCAUCAUCAUCAUCAUCAUCAUCAUCAUCAUCAUCAUAA